ACGCGCCGAGGGGCGGUGGUGAAGGGGAAGGGGCGGGCCGGGGGCGGGGACUCGUGCGGUCCUAGGGCGGCUCUUAGGGCCCGGCUGGAGCUGGAGCUGCUGACACCGUCGUCGCUGACCUCUCGGCCUCCGCUGCCUCCGAUGGCCGUCACCAUGAACCAGGACUUGCGCAGGGAGCGGGCCGCCGCCAGCUUCAACCCGGAUCGGCUCACGUACAUCCUGGACGGCAGCCCGGAGAACACCCGGCGCCGCCGAGAGAUCGAGAACCUGAUUCUGAACGACCCAGACUUCCAGCAUGAGGAUUUGAACUUCCUCACUCGCAGCCAGCGUUACGAGGUGGCUGUUAGGAAGAGUGCCACCAUGGUGAGGAAGAUGAGGGAGUUUGGCAUCUCAGACCCUGAUGAAAUCAUGUGGUUUAAAAACUUUGUGCACCGAGGGCCUUCGCCUCUGGACCUUCACUUGGGCAUGUUCCUGCCCACCUUGCUUCACCAGGCCACUGCGGAACAGCAGGAGCGCUUCUUCAUGCCCGCCUGGAGCUUGGAGAUCACUGGCACUUAUGCCCAGACAGAGAUGGGUCAUGGAACUCAUCUUCGAGGCUUGGAAACCACAGCCACUUAUGACCCUGAGACCCAGGAGUUCAUUCUCAAUAGUCCUACUGUGACCUCCAUCAAGUGGUGGCCUGGUGGACUUGGAAAGACUUCAAAUCAUGCGAUAGUACUUGCCCAACUCUACACGAAGGGGAAAUGCUAUGGAUUACAUGCCUUCAUUGUACCUCUUCGUGAAAUUGGAACCCAUAAGCCUUUGCCAGGUAUUACCGUUGGUGACAUCGGCCCCAAAUUUGGCUAUGACGAGAUGGACAAUGGCUACCUGAAGAUGGACAAUUAUCGCAUUCCCAGAAACAUGCUGAUGAAGUAUGCCCAGGUGAAACCCGAUGGCACGUAUGUGAAACCCGUGAGUAACAAGUUAACCUAUGGGACCAUGGUGUUUAUCAGGUCCUUCCUUGUGGGAGAAGCUGCCCGGAGCCUGGCGAAGGCCUGCACCAUUGCCAUCCGAUACAGCGCUGUGAGGCACCAGUCCGAAAUCAAGCCAGACGAGCCAGAACCGCAGAUUUUGGAUUUUCAGACCCAGCAGUAUAAACUCUUCCCACUCCUGGCCACGGCCUAUGCCUUCCACUUUGUAGGUGCGUACAUGAAGGAGACCUAUCAUCGGAUUAACGAAGGCAUUGGCCAAGGGGACCUGAGUGAACUGCCCGAGCUUCAUGCGCUCACCGCCGGCCUGAAGGCUUUCACCUCCUGGACAACUAACACUGCCAUCGAAGCGUGUCGGAUGGCUUGUGGUGGGCACGGCUAUUCUCACUGCAGCGGUCUUCCAAAUAUUUAUGUCACUUUUACCCCAACCUGCACCUUUGAGGGAGAAAACACUGUCAUGAUGCUACAGACGGCUAGGUUCCUGAUGAAGAGUUACGACCAGGUGCACUCAGGGAAGUUGGUGUGUGGCAUGGUGUCCUACUUGAAUGACCUGCCCAGUCAACGCAUUCAGCCACAGCAGGUGGCUGUCUGGCCGACGCUGGUGGAUAUCAACAGCCCCGACAGCCUAACGGAAGCCUAUAGACUCCGUGCAGCCAGAUUGGUAGAAAUUGCUGCAAAAAACCUUCAAACUGAAGUGAGUCACAGAAAAAGCAAGGAGGUAGCAUGGAACCUAACUUCCGUCGACCUCGUUCGAGCAAGUGAGGCACAUUGCCACUAUGUGACAGUUAAGCUCUUUACAGAAAAACUCCUCAAAAUUCAAGAUAAAUCCAUCCAGGCUGUCUUAAGGAAUUUAUGUCUGUUGUAUUCUUUGUAUGGAAUCAGUCAGAAGUCAGGGGAUUUUCUUCAGGAGGGCAUCCUAACAGACUCUCAAAUUACCCAAGUACACCAGCGUAUCAAGGAGUUACUGACUGUGAUUCGUCCAGAUGCUGUUGCUUUGGUUGAUGCGUUUGAUUUUCAGGAUGUGUCUCUGGGCUCUGUGCUUGGCCGCUAUGAUGGGAAUGUGUAUGAAAACUUGUUUGAGUGGGCCAAGAAAUCCCCGCUGAACAAAGCAGAGGUCCAUGAAUCUUACUACAAGCACCUGAAGCCCCUGCAGUCCAAGCUCUGAAUGUCAUGACACGUUUUAUCUGCUCCAGGAAGCAGCUGUACUCUUCUACUCCCCUUAUACCUGUCACACAAAUCUGCGUGGAAUCUUGAUCGAAAUCAGAGAGCGAUAGAACAGAUGAUAAAUUGAUCCCUUUCUUCUUUAUUAAUGAAGAAAAAAAUGAAGAGCUUUCAGAGAUUAAAUGAAAAAAAUAGAUAUGUUUUAAGUGCAAUUAACACUGAAAGAGACCUGUCAAGCAUUCAGAAAAAGCUUUAAGAAAUACAGUAUGACGUCCAUUUGUAACGCUGCUGAUCCCAGUAGGCCAUAACUUUUGAUAAUUAGUAGAAUUUAACUACUAAGUAGUUAAUUAUUAUCACAUCUUAGUUGCUAAUCACUGGAUAUAUGUGUUUUUAAGCAAAGAUACACCCCUCCCAAGCUUUCCUGUUAAACGCCCUACUGCUCCUGCCAUGGGCCCUGACUUAAAAGCAGGACUGCAGAAAACGGAUUGGGGGAAGGAAACUAAUCAGAAAAUUUAGUGUGAGUUUGUGCUUAACACAUUUUCUGCCUGCUUGCCCUUGGUUGCUGACAUACUGUUUCUGUUUGCUCAUGGUAGCAUUUUUCUCACAAGAAUUUUUUCAGCAUAGGCCUACUGCAGGAUCAUUGUCCUGUGUAACUGGGAAUUAAUCUUCCAUUAGAAGGAUCCCUAAAUUGUCACUGUAGUAGCAACUUCUUGGGAAGGGGUGGGUAGCAAAAUUAUUUCUACAUAGGACUAUUGGCAACUGAUGGAACCUGUCGGUGGCAUUUGAUCUCCCUCCCUCCUUGUCCCUUAACCUCUCCCGAAAGAGAUAAUGAAGAAAGAAAGAAGAGUCACAGUUCCUUCCUAGUAGAAUAAGUGUAGGGAGAGCUCUCAGUUAUGGUUACUGUAACUUCGGUGACCAUAUUAACUGGAUAUUCUGGAGCAAUUCUGAUUUCAUGUCAUUUUGGCAUAAACCAUUGCAAUGCUUGGAGUUUAUAGUGCCUGGCAUUACAAAAGUAAAGCAUCACUCAGGUUACCUCUUACCACCAGGAGUAGCACACAAAAGUCCUUUGACAAACCAUGUGUUCUGGUUUUUGGAUCAGAAAACAUAAUCAUUGAAACUAUGGCUAAAGGACAAAUGGAAGUUCCAUGGAAUUAUUUCUUAUUAUAUGUUUGGCUUUAGUUUCAGUAUGUUUCUAGGAGCUUUAUCUGAAUUGCUAAAUUGUCCUUUCAGCUGAAAUCUAAUUUACACAAUCAUUCUAUAUUUAGAGGGUAAAUGUGUACCUCUUAGUGAAUUUUAUUCUUAAAAUCAAUGCAAAACAACAUGUUACUUGAUUUUUUUUUUUUAACCUGUUAACUGUAUCUGUGACAUCUGCCUCAUGAAACCGUUGUUCUAGAAUCAGUCUUGAGAAUGUAGUAUAACUCAGUGGAAAUACAAUUCCUAUCUUGGGACCUGACAUAAAAUCUUAUUCCAGUGGAACUGGUAAUAUGAGUAUUUUAGGUCCAGCAGAAAUACUGUCUGUUGACACAAGCCUUAAUCUUUACACCAGGAGAAUUAAUUGAUAAUUGUCUUAAGAUUGAAGUAAAAAGCACUCUGUUAAUCUCAUUUGGCACAUCUUGACAGCUCAGAUUCUGGGAAAUAACAGAAAGUAAAUAUAAAUUGUUUAAUAGUGACCUGUUAAGUGUAGAAUUGUUUCAAAAUCAGUGGUUAAGUACUUUACUCAUAGGUGAAUACCUGUAAUCAGCACCUGAGGGUGUUUGAAAUGACACCCAUCUAAUCUAGCUGCAUAGAUCUGGGAACUAUCGUAGCAGAUUUGAACAGGUGGUAGAUACAACAGAGCCACCUUUAGUCCAGCACCUAGUUUUAUUUAAAAACUAAAUCUGAUAUUUGAGACUACUUUUAUUAACAUUGUAAUGUUUUGUCUUGAACUUUAUUCAUUGUGAUCAAAGAAUAAAGAUGUAGUAAAACCUCACUAAUUUGCACUAUCAAGAGGGAAAGAGUGUACCACAUAAUUAAACAUAAGUUCAAAUUACGAAGAAUUGUAAGAUGGAGGCUUAGGAAGUUUAGGUAACACUAGGAACAAAAAAAGGAAGGAGUGAGACCUGCUGGAGCAGAUAGCGCUGAAAUCCACCUCAACUGCUGUCGUCGUCACAAAGGCUGAGUGCUCUCUGGUCGAUUUCUGAGAAUUUUUUGUUGACUGCUACAAAGCACGCAGGUCGUUUGCUGUCCCUCAGAAGCCAAACUUUGCCGUAGAUAAGUCUGGUUGUGUUGUGUUGUUUUGUGAGCCGUUUUCACAGAGUACAAAGAUAAACUUCACCCUGACUUCUCCAAAAUGAUGAUAAAUAUUGAGUAGAAUUAAUGAGAUUUUUCUACUAGAUAAUAUCGAUACAAGCCUCUUUUAAAAAGUACCCAUAAUUGAAAAUUUGAGAUUUAAUAGGGAUGAUUUUGCUAUUUGUAACAGAUAAAGGUUGAUUCUUCCUCAAGUGUUUGGAGUUCUGUUUUAUGCUCUAUGAGACAGUGACCUCUAUACAGUUUGUCCCAAAGCCUUGGGGCCCUUCAUGGUCUUGUCUUCAGAACAUAACACUGAUAAGUCUUAGUUUUUCUUCAGAAUAUUUGCUUAAUUGCAAUAUAUUCAUGUGUUUUCUGAGAACUCACUUGUAAUUUCAUGUAUCUGGAAGCAUUUUCUAAUUCCUAACGUUAACAUGUCAGAUCUUAAUUCUUGGUUUUCUUCAGUGCGGGGCUUUGGCUGGAGAAAUAUAACUUCAAAUUCAUGAUCCUAGAGAUCCCUGGGGAAUUAAAUUUCUUUAGAUAACUGCUGCUCAGGCCCUCCUCCCCCUUUCUGAGUUCUUUGCAUCCAUCUUAUUAGGAAGGAAGAGAAGAGAUGCCGAUGGUCUGUAACACCUGCUAAUCUUUUUAAAUAUGUGGAAGGUAUGCCUUGGGGUUUCAGGGUGUCUUCAAGCAGUAGCUAGUUCCCACUGCAGCCCAAGAGGAGCAGUGUCAGGAAAUUGAUUAUUCUACCUGAGAUCAAGAGUCUUGUUGAUUCUCCUGACUCAGAUAAAGGUUUUGAUCAUUUUAAUGGAAUAAUGUGGAGGUCGUUUGAGCUAAUUAAAUAUUUACUACUACAUUCUUGGAGGAUUAGACCAAAUCAUGUAAAUGACUAAAAUGAUCCAUUCUUUCAUUUUAACAUAGUGGUGGGGGAGUUCUGCUUUUAGCUCUCCACACUUAUUAAUUUUUCAGUAACUAUUCCUGUGGUCCAUGAUAGUACACAGAAACAUAAGGAAACUUAGGAGUUACCAGAUGUUAGCUGUUGCAGACCUGCAAAUUACUAGAUUUCAAGGGGGUUUUGUUUGAUUUUGCCUUAAAUUUAAGUGGGCCAUUCAUUAUCUCAGAAAGAUCAUGGAAAAUUAGGAGUGAUUUUAAGAAUUCUGAACCAAAAUAAGUUGUUUUGCCACAGUACUGUUGAUUUUCAUAGAUUAGAUAAAUACGUGAUCUUCCACAUAAUACUCAGACUGCUGACUACUUUGUAAACACCACUUUAUUUACAAUUGCAUCUUUUAGAGGGUAUAAUUACUUUGCCACCCUUCCUCCUUUUACUGUUGUGGUUUGAGUUUGGUUCCUACCUGACGAUGCAUUUAGUAUGUAUUGUUACCCAUCCCUGGCUGGACCCGUCAGUGGGGGUGGGAGUACAAGGAGGUUCACGGGUUCUGGUCCUGAGGGUCCUGAGCGUGUGAAUCAUGGUUAGAUGGCAGUGACCCGCUAGCACUGUUUGGCCUUCCGGUAAGCCAAGCCAUUAAUCCCUUUUUCCUUUGUAAAAUUGAAAGACCGUUAAUAAAAUCUGUAAUUAACACAAAAA